AUGAUACUCUGACAUGUGAGACACAAUAAGAAGGAUAAUGAGGAUAAGUAUAAGAAUCCCAAGUUGGUACACUAAGACUUCGGAGAAAGAAAAGGCUUACACUCAAUAUGAGGUUCAAAUACAGUUGGACGAAGAUCACUACACCAGAAAACUACGUUACAGUACAUUCAGAGAUCUACAUAAGAAACUCAGUGUAAAGCACAAGAACCUACCGUUUCCCAAUCGCCGUAUCGUCGCCAACAACCAGCACCCCCGCUUUAUCGAGUCACGCCGCACAGCACUGGAGGAGUUCUUGUGUGAGGUGAUAGCUCUUCAACCCAUACCCAGCACCCUGUGGAGCUAUCUCGACAUUGAUACCUCCGAGAUAAAGAAGAAAAACUCAAAGUUGCCGGAGAUGGUUGCAGUACGAGAGCAGGGGAUGAACCCUGUACCAGCUCCCAUCUUGAGGGGGGUCUCCACUGGAAUCAGAAUUAGGAACCACUGUUGAAGUGAAAGGUGUCGUCUGAUAUUUACUGAUAUUUACUCGUAAUUACUUGAUCAUAUUGACAGAUCGUUGUUUUAACUUGAUUUAUUGAUGUGUUGCGUCGCUGUUAUUAAGGACAACUGUCACUUUGAUGAGGUUAUUGUUUAUUAGUUCGGUUGUUUUAGAGUUGGACUCAUAUAUCCGUAACCCUAUUGGACUGCAAAUAAGUCUGGUUUAAUGCGUCGUAAUCUGGUUACAGUGUCAACGAUCACUAGUUCACGUUUACUUAAUGGCGUUUUCUGGUCAAAAAAGGAUUUUUGGCGAUGUUUUAAGUUUAUUUUAAUUGUGGUUGUAACGUACGCGGGUUAUUAUCGUUCGGUUGCAAAUUUCCCGACAUAUGUAACUCAAUGAGGAGGGUCGGUGGCAAAUUGAGACUUUAUGUUGCAGAGGGUGCAUUGCCCCCUCGAUUUAGUUUAGGAGGUACCAACCCCUCUACUGGUUACAGGCUUGCCAAUUGGCGACUCUGUUGAAAAAGGGGCACGCUAGCUUUGCGACCACUAUUUCUGUUUUAAAGCGGGGAAUUUGUAAAAAACGUCAGCGACAAACCGAGCUCGAAAAAAUUGGAGUUUUAUUUAAGAUAUAAUUAAUUCCGGGUAGAGAGGCGGAACAUACGACUGAUUGGUAAAUAACUGUGUUAAAAUUCCAGCUCCCCACCUAUAAGUCACCGUCACCCGAUUUGGCACGAUUCUGUUUGGAUGUUUUGAAAGAGGUUUACUAGACCACGCAACUUUACUUCAUGGCCCUGAUAACACAUAGCUAACUGAGUUCUGCUAAUAUAACAUGCCACCUCAAACCAAGAUCUUGCCAAAAACGAAAACUUCGGAAGAAUGUUAUUGAGUUUCCAAGAGGAAUGAAGGAUGAAGCUGAUUUAGAAUGGAAGUCACCGCUAUAAUUCCUUGGUAUUUCCCUCAUUCUCCAUUAUCUAUAUCAUGUGAUAGGACUGUUACUAUGGUUCCCGUAAAUAACGUAGAUCAGCAACAACGGCCCCAACAUUCCGUCUUUUAUCAACAUUUCUUUCCAUUCUACGCGGCUAUUUUUUAAUUAGCUUUUAAAAUUUGAAAAAUGUAAACAUCAACCCACGUACUAGUUAACGGAUUCACUCAUUAAUUCUUAAACUAUAGUCUUUAAGACUGUAUGCAACUGCAUUAAACAUUCCGAUGUCCCCAAUUAACUAUGUAAAUCUAAGCGCAGAUCCCAGAAAAUAUCGCAAAACCUACCCUGAAACGUUUUUAAAUUCUUGAUAAUUCGUAUAAAUUGUCGGCUAUUUUGGCUGAUUGAUGAGUUAGUUUGUUGGUACCUGGUAAGCUGGUUGUUUGUUUAUUUGAGACAAUGUUAGCCAGUUGGUCCAGGUCAUUGUGUGAGACCGUAUUAAAUAUUAUAUCAGUUUGACGCUUCACUGUCUGAAUAUAUUUAGUGAACGCAAUUUUUAUUAGAUUUUCCGUUGAAGGAAUUCUUUUCUCGGGUAACCCUAUUAUGAUAAAUUCUUUACGCUGUUGUGGAUUUUAAGGCUAAAUAUUGUUAAAAAGUUAGGCGAUCCCCAUGAUUAACGAACUGUGCUAUUUUACGGCUCACGACUUGUGAAUUUUCUAUUGAAAUUUUAACGGUUACGAAAAUAACUUUCCUGGAAAAGUGCCCUAAUUGCGAGUCCAUUGAUAAUUAAAGGCGUGGAUACUUGCCAGAAAAGUUAAUAACAUUUAUCCUUAAUUUACAAUGUUGACUUGACGUACCCUUCAAAGUAUAACGCAUUUAACGAUAUUAAAUUUGUCACCGUAAUUGGAUUUGCGUGAUUUUUAUAGGUAUUGACGGGCCGAUAAAGUACUAAUAUCAGCUGCAAUGCAGAUGACUUCACACUCUUUUGUUAUACGCCCCUUCCCAAUAAUUUUAAAAGCGCCUGAAAUCUUUCUAGGAAUGUAAUAUUUUUGUUAAUAUUUUGUAAGUUUAUGUGCUGUUUGUUGAAUAGUUUAAUGUAAACAAAACUUCAAUUUUUCUUGUAAACUACGACUUUUUUAUUUUGAUAUAUCAGUGCCGUUUGUAAUAUCAAAUGGAAUGACAU